AUGGCGAGAGCGGAUGUGAGAGAUGAAGACAAUGAUGGCACCUUUGGCCGGCCCUGGCCAUCGAGUGACUUGAUCGGUGCAGCUUCGGCGGAGGUUCGGAUUGACUUGAUCGGUGCUGCUUCGUAUCAUCUUCGAGUCUUUAACCUGGCUGGAGAGCUGGUCUUAGAACGAACGAUGCCAGAGGUGCAGUCCAUGUUGGUCGAGGACUUGGUGGAUCAUCUUGGAAGAAUGAUGAAGGUGGCAUCCCACCGGCUGUCCUUGCUUCAAGGGACAAGUCAGCUGGAUCCAAAGGCGAGUUUGCAUACACUUUGGCCUCCACUCAGUGACAUGGAUCUUCAAGUCUUGCUGGGACCUUUGGAUUCUUCGCAUGUGCCCAUUGAUCCAGGUCGGAUUUUGCACGUGGAGCGCUCAGAUCGAGCGGCAGCCCACGCUGCCGCGGAGCUGGGCUUGUCAGUGCAGUUUGAGCCGGGAGAAGUGCGCGAGGCCGUGUACCAGGUCAAGUGCCAUCAUGAGAUCGUUGUUUCUACUCCCUGCCUGUUUGAACACGACACAUGGCGAGUUGAGCGCCACAAAGCUGAUGAAGCUGAUGCGGGAACUCUGACCUUUGCAGUGGAAGAGGAGAACAAGCGCGCUUCCUUAGCCAUGGGCUUUUACGAGCUGUUCUUUAGCACGCUAAACACCACUUUGUUGGUCUCUUGA